ACAGCUUCUAACCCUCUUUUCUUUCAAUAUCCUCUGACUUCUCUCCCACGCACCUGCCGUGUGUCUGCAAGCUUUGGUCCUUCAAUGGAAGGGAAGAGAAGAAUCGAAGUGACCGGCUCAGGCAAAUGGUAUACCUUGGCUUGGGAUGAGAUCACAAGUACCUGGGCUCAUGUUGAACGAAGAAGCGCACAAGGUGAUAAAUGGAAGGAAGUGGAUCCUGAUUUGAAGCAGCUGGGCCGAGCUCUGGCAGAUCAGUUUCCGGAUCCACCCGAAGACACUGUUAAAACUUUUAUCAAUGGAUAUGGACAUGUGUUGGACUUCGUGCCGGUGAGCCACUUUCUUCUUCAUCUUUCGUGUUGACAUUUUGUUUGAUGAUGCGCUUGCUGAAUCAGGCAAAAUCGCCGAUCGAACCGGAGCCAUGGUGCUUGGGGUGGGCACCUCCAGGCACUCGCAGUAGACCAAGGAUGACUAAGAAAAAUUUGGAAGCAGAACGCACAAGGCCUAAUAAGAUGGGGGUGCCUGAUCCUGCGGCCUACGCUAACAAAUACUUCCUCUGUAACUUUAAAAUUCACUUUUCAAAAGUAGGUAGAUUAAGAAUAGGUAGAUUAAGAAUAAUGAAAGAUGAUAUGAAUUAUUGAGAGUAUGAUGGGAAAAUAGUGAAAUAAUGUGGUGGAAUGUAGGAUAAAUCCAAAAAAAAUAGUUGUAAUAGUGUAAUAUUUUAAGAAUUAUUGAAGGUAUGAUGGGAAGAUUUAGAAAUGAGAAGAUUUUUUUGUUACGGACGAAAAGGGAAAGUGGGAAUAUUUUUAAGUUACGGAGGGAGUACAUACCAAGAGCACCAACUUUUUCACCUACCUUCCCAACAGCAGUUUCACCACCCUAGCUCAGAGCCGUGCCUUAUGUAAGGCUGGAGAGGCUUGGGCCUCAAGGCCCCCAAAAAUUGUAAAAAUUAGGGGCCCAAAAUUUAUAUAUAUUAGUAUUAUACAUAUGUAUUUUCUAGUUAUUUUUUAUUUCCCCAUUGGGCAGUAGAAACAAAAACUAAUUCCACUUCUAUUUCUAGGCUUCUAGGCUCCAAGUUCUAUAGUUAAUUCUAUUGGUCUAUGUUUUUUAUUUGCUUAUUUAGUUAUUUGUUUGUAUGUUUAGAAAUUUUCUAACUUUAUAUUGAUUUGCUAAUGUGAUGUAUAAGUAAUUUGUCAUGUGUGAAUGCCAAAUGGGCUAAUUUGUAAAUACUACUAGUAGUUGAUUCUUGCAUGUUUUUUAUUUUUUAGUGUUAUCAAUAUUGCAAUUAUGGAAUUCUCAAUUCACAAUUAAUUAAGUUAAGUACUUUCAAUUUUAUAGAGAGAAUUACUAAUAUACUAGUAUAUUGUUAAGGAUUCGAUUAAAUUGUGUAUUUAUUUAUGUUUAGUGUCAUACCUCCCAAAUCUUUGUCUCGAUUUCAAAAGAGGAAAAGAAAAUCACAUAUUGAAUCAUUAACUCAAUGGAAAACUGUCAAAUAGGUACUCGAACUUUCAUAAAAAAGUCAAUUAAGUCCUUCUAUAGGAGACUCUGUCCGGUCGUCGCGAUUUGGGGCGGUUCCCGGUGGAAUUUUUUGAUGAAUUUUUUUGAGCAUCUUAUUCACCAAGUCUAAUUUACUUAUACCAAAUUUCAGCUAAAAAUUCAUCGGGAGCACAUUCAAAUUAAUUUGAGAACGCAAAAAUGCGCAGUUAUUUUCAAGAAUUAUUUCGAAAUAAUUAAGUAUUUACGAUUAAAAUAACUAUACAAUUAUUCCAGACUUAAGACCAUACAAUUCUGGCAGGUUUUGAUUUAACAAGCUUCAACUUCAAGUAAGGUCGUUAACGACCUUCACUAUAAUAUUAAUCAAUCAAUCUACUCAUAACAAAAGGUAUGAGUAUAGUUUCAAUUGUAAAAUCCAAAAAUAAUAGGAUUCUGCACUAAGAAACUGAUUUUUUCACUUGUCAAAUCCUUGAUUUAUAUAAUUGUACAAAAUCGUAAUAGAAUUAUACAAUAUUGUAUACAAUUGAAGUAAAAAUUAACAAAAUCGUCGUGAUUUUUUAGCGUGAAAGUGUUUCAAAUUUAUUAAAAUUAAUUAUGGGAAUUUUAAUACAAAUAAUGACAAAAAAAAUGCUAUUGUCUUUUAGUAGUUAAAGUUUACAUAUUCACAUAGUAUACGAAAAGUUCUUUUCAAUCGCAACAAUUUCAUUUUAAAUUGAUGGGAAUUUGAUAUUCAAAUGUGCAUGUUAAGAUUACCUUGGGAACAGUGAUCUCGUGGAACUCAGGAAGCUGUUGAAUUCAACCUCUUAGCUGAAUUUGACAUUCUUAGGCAUUCCUGGGUUGGUUGGGGAGCCUCUGCUUCAGGCCAUCUUGUUGAUGGUGUUGCUCCUGUUGGGAUUAGAAAAUUCUUCUAUUCAAUAUCAAGAACAGAAUUACAAUAGGAGGAGCAAACUCUCACACUCAACUAUUACAAAAAACCAAUUCUCACCAAUACACUUCUACUCUAAGUGUAUUUCACUCUUCACACACUUU